UCAGAAGCUGUGGCAGUAGAUGAACGCAGAAACACUGUAGCAGUGUGAUAUUAUAUUACCGUUUAAACGUUUCCAUUGCCUUAGGACGACCGUGUGACGCAGUUUUGUCGCGGCUGGGUCAAUUAAGAAAAACCCAUGCAGCUGCUUGGCAGGCACUUGCCUGACAGGUUGAACUGAGGAAAUAACAAACACACUAAUGAAGCCGGUUUUGCCAGCUGCCCUUCCUUUCAAAGCAAUAACAGCUUGCUUACAGAAGACCAAAGACACACAAGUCAUAUUUUAGUAAACAACAAAGUUAUCUUUUAAGCUAAAGCUAAGAAGAGCUAACCCAGGUACCUGUAAGGAAUUGAGUGCUGUAGGACACACGUUAGCUUUUCUGGGACAGCCGGACUUCAAAUGAAGUCCACAGGCGAUACUGAACCAGACGAAAGCUGCAAACCCUCAGGCAGUGACAGGACCCUUGCUUUGACUGUAUGCUCUGCUGCCAUUGGAGGCACCUUCCAAUAUGGCUACAACAUCUCAAUCAUCAACGCUCCCACCAGCUACAUCCAGGGCUUCAUUAAUGAUACCUACAUGGAGCGCUGGGGGAUCGGCUUGGAGACUACUCAGGUGACCCUAGUGUGGACUCUUAUCGUGUCGGCCUUCUCAAUGGGGGGUUUGCUAGGAGCCCUGCUGGCAGGUCCUCUAGCAGUCCGCUUUGGUAGGAAGAACUCGCUGCUUCUGAACAAUUCCUUCCUGUUUGCUGGCACCGUGCUUGUGUUAAUGUGCAGGUUGGCAAAAUCAUUUGAGAUGAUUAUCUUUGCUCGUGUUCUGGUGGGGAUGAAUGCAGGGGUCAGCAUGAACGUCCAGCCUAUGUACUUUGGGGAAAGCGCCCCCAAACAUCUCCGAGGUGCUGUGGCUUUUUCCUCUGCUGUUUUCACUGCAUUUGGAAUCUUCUUGGGUCAAGUUGUGGGACUCACUGGGCUGCUGGGCACAGAGCCACUUUGGCCCUACUUACUAGCUAGUAACGCUUUGCCGGGGUUGAUCCAGCUACUUACCCUACCCUGGUUCCCCGAAAGCCCCAGAUACCUCCUCAUUGACCGCGGAGACAGGGAAGCAUGUGUCCGGGCACUUGGAAGGCUUCGUGGUGGGGAGGCUCCCGUCUUGGAGAUGGAGGAGAUGCUUCAGGAGCAGCAGCAGCAGCAAAUAUCCACGGCCUUAAAAUCUGGAUCUGCAGCUUCUGUCAAGACACCCUGUUCCUUGUUUAAGGAUCCCAACCUGCGAUCCCAGCUCAGGACGGUCAUGUUUGCCAGUAGUGCCAUGAUGCUUUGCGGCAAUGACUCCAUCUACUUCUACGCGUCCUACAUCUUUCUCAAAGCAGGAAUCCCUCCAGAAAAUAUACAGUACGCCACCAUCGGCACAGGGGCAUCUGAGCUAACUGCUUCUAUACUGAGUAAUCUACUGAUUGAACGUGUGGGCCGCAGGUACCUUCUUCUGGGAGGGUACGGUCUCAUGUCUUGUUGGAGUGUAGUCUUCACAGUAGCCCUCACCCUUCAGAGCCGCGGGGUGGCUGGGAUGCCUUACCUCAGCAUGGCAUGUGUGUUCCUCUACAUCCUCAGCUUCGGCUUGGGCCCAGCUGGGGUGACAGGAAUCUUACCAGCUGAGAUCUUUGACCAGGCGGCUCGGCCGGCAGCGUACAUGGUCGCCGGCUCGCUUAUGUGGAUCAGCCUGUUCUUGGUGGGAAUGCUGUUCCCCUUCAUCGUCAGCAGCCUGGGGAACUUCUGCUUCCUGCCAUUCUUGGCCGUGUGUUUGGUGUCCACUGUGUUUUUGGGGCUCACCUUACCGGAGACUAAGGGCAAGACACUGACUGAGAUUACUGCAGAGUUUGAUAGAAAGAAUGGAGUGAAGAAGAAGAGGCCAGACAUGCAGGUGGGUGAACCUGUGAAGGAGCACUACCAGCUGGGUAAAGCCUGCUCCUUCACAAACCUAACGCAAGAUCUUGACCCCGACCAUAAGAAUGAGGAAUGAAAUUGGACGACCUCCAGUAAAAGUGAAACAGGCAGUGCCUUUGUAGCCUCUUUAUGCACUUUCAGUGUUGAAUAGAUUACUCCAUAGGUGAAAUCUAAAGUGUCCUAUUUAUGAAAGAUGAUCUCUUUGUAAUGACUGAUAAUUCUAUUCCGUUCUGAUUUCGUGAACUAAGCCAUUUAAGGUUUUGUAUCCGUCAACCAGGAAUGGAAAGUAUUAGCAGUGUUGCACUCAACUAAGUACUCAAAGAAGAGAGAGUUAACUUCUAUUUAAAAGAAAACAGCAUGUUUUUAAAGUCUAAUCUGUUGAAUUACCUAUGUUAUGGUCACCACUGACAAAGUUAUUAUCUUUUGUCUACAAGAAGGCUCUCGUAGCAUAAAUGUAAGCUUUUAAAAGAGCAGCAUGCAAAUGUCCUCUCAAUCGCUGGUGAGAUUAGAAUACUGGGACUAUCUUGUGUUAUACUGUACUUGUAUACUGGCGGUGGUCCAGCGGUCGCCUCACAGCAAUAAGGUCGUGGGUUCAAACCCCGGUUGCCCCGGCCUUUCUGUGUGGAGUUUGCAUGUUCUCCUCGUGUCUGCGUGGGUUCUCUCCGGGUGCUCCGGCUUCCCCCCCACCAUCCAAAGACAUG